AUAGUUCGACCAUGCAAAAUUUCAACCUAGAAAAAACAUCGGCUGUGUAGAUGAUGUACAUCAGAGGACCAAGAAUAGAUCCCUGUGGAACUCCAGCCAAAACAUCCCUCCUGCUAGAAAGCCUAUCACCAACCCUUAUAGUCUGCGUACGGAGUGCCAGAAAUGAAGAUAUCAAAGAAAGCGAAGAGAAAGAGAAACCAUAGUAUUUCAGCUUCGCACACAACAACUUAUGAUUGAUAGUGUCGAAGGCUUUGCUGAAAUCCAGCAGAACGAGUACAUCAAUGAAUCCCCGAUCAAGAUCACGGAAAAUAGCAUCAGUCACCGACAGGAGACAUGUAGCCGUGCUACAUCCCUUCCGAAAGCCAGACUGAUAGGAAGGACCUUCGGCAAGGGAACCCCAACAGCAGUUUUCCAGGUGGUCGGAAAUACACCUUUAAGAAUGCAACUAUUCACUAGGUGCAGUAUGAAGGGAUCAAUAAAUGGCCUACAAAAAUUGAGCAUCCCAAUGUCUAUGGAAUCUGCACCCAUUGACUUGGUCUUGAUAUCAUUAAGCAAAUCGGUAACCAAUGCCUGCUCUACAAUGUGGAAGUCAAACGACAAUGACCGGUCAAACUUAUUUUCAUUAUAG